CACAGACUAUAGAAAUUUUGUAUUGAUUGCUGUUGUGGUAGUGGUCUUCUACUGAAGGUAACGCAUUACAGCAGCUUAGCUCUGCGUACUCUGCUGAAAGAUAGAGGGCACGUCUAAUACAUACCGUAUUGGCGGUAUCUGGCUGCACAGCGGAGCUCGAUUUAGUCUUUGCCACACUUCAAUGUGUGCAUUGUGAGUAAUAGAACACUUCGAAUAGCAGUAGUUUACGAAGCGUGAUUGAUAGAAAAAAAACUGGCGUGAUUUUGCAUACAGUGCUAGUGGUAUAUAAGUCUUCACGAAUAGUUGUCGGACACUGUGUAAUCGAAUAAGACACGAUGGCGUUUGUAAAGAAAGAUGGGUAUCCAGAACGAGAGUUCUGGAUCAGUGAAGAUAUCGAAUCAAAAGUUCGAGACAUUGAGUCCUUUCUCGAGAAGAAUGGGCACACCACCUCUCCCAACCUAAUCUGUGAAGGUGCUGUGUCCAUUCUCACGUUACAAGAGAAUUUAUAUGGUUCACAAGCUAGUGAUAUUGAUAACGAGUCUAAGUUACGAGUUAAGUUGCCGUACAGCUUAUUUCUCAAUAUGGGCUCCGGUGAAAGCCUGAGUGUCAUUCUACUGACAGCCAUCAAAUACAUGAAAACGAAGAAUAUCGCAGAUUGGACUCACGUCGCUUCUGCCGCCAGCGACUCACACGGCAUGAUCGACGCAAUUGAA